AUGGCCCCUGCAGCGGCGUCGGGUGGCAGUACCCUGCCCAGUGGUUUCGCGGUCCUCACCACCUUCCCCGACCUACUCUUCAUCUUCGAGUUUGUCUUUGGAGGCCUGGUAUGGAUCCUGAUCGCCUCGUCCUUGGUACCCAUCCCCCUGAUCCAGGGCUGGGUGAUGUUCGUGUCUGUAUUCUGCUUCGUAGCAACCACUGUCCUGCUCAUCCUGUACAUGAUGGGCGCCCAUGGUGGGGAGACUUUUUGGGUCACUCUGGAUGCAGCCUACCACUCUGUCGCUGCCCUCUUUUACCUCAGUGCCUCAGUCCUGGAAGCUUUGGGCACCAUUAUGAUGCAAGAAGGCUACACUUACAAGCAUUACCAUGAAAACAUCUCUGCUGUGGUGUUUGCAUACGUAGCCACUCUGCUGUAUGUGACCCACGCAGUCUUUUCUUUAAUCAGAUGGAAGUCUUCGUAA